UGGUUCCUAAUUCAGUUCAGAUGGACAUUUCUAAACGUCUAUGGAAUGUUCAUAUGUAAUGCCACUAUUCAUUUUGACUGCAUGUGCUCUAGUGCAUACCCCAUACUGCGCUACAAAGACAAAACGCAGUAACAACGUCAUUUAAUUUACUGUCUUUUUCUGUCUAGACAGACAGCACUUUCUGAUACUGCAUGAUAUAUUCUGAUCCACUGGCUUGUUCUUGUGUCAGGAAACAAAUACCACAUUGACCAGGUAAUAAACUUGGCCGUUACAACAGAUCUUUAUGCCAUUUCAUCAACUUCCCUACUGUCAACUUUCCUACAGACUGACAUGUGAUGUGCCGUCGUGUCUCCUGAGGCUGUGGAUUAUGUUCCAAACUAAGCACUGACAAAACCCAAACCAGUUAGUCUGCACAGUUAUCCUAUUUCCCAUUAAAAUAGCCUUUGAGUGACCAAAACAUCCAUAUUAUAUUUUCCCCAUUUUAAUGCUUAAUUGAGAAAAUGUACCUUUUCUCUCAUUUAUUUUGAAAUGUUUUAUUGAACCUUUAUUCAACUAGGCAAGUCAGUUAAGAACAAAUUAUUAUGGACAAUGACGGCCUACCCGUGGAACCCAACAAAUGAAAUAUGUGAAAACAAUCUAAUCUCUGACUAUCAGUAAGGUUGAAGGACAGGCUAGGUGGGCACAGCAACAUCAAAUCCUGUCAUACAUUACAUCAUGCUUUCACAAAUGAUUUGUUUAUCUAACCGUUUUUUCAUUUCUGUGCUCACGUGUGAGAGUGUGUGUGUUUGUGUGUGUGCAGAGAGACUCUGGGGAGGGGAGUUUCUGUCUGUAACUCAGGGAUAAAUAGAGAGGCAGAGCUCAGAGUUUCUCAGAAGGCGGACCUGACAGGGUCACACACAGGACCAAGCAGGACCUCAGCAUUUUGAAUUGAAUUACAUAUGGAGAAACAUGAAGAUGUUCAAUACUGUUUUCAAGACGGAAACUCUUCUUGCAGAAAGGCUUUGCUAUCGACAUCUAUCUACAUAACACUGUACAUCUUCUUCUCAUUGAUUUCAGCAGUUACAGUAUUUUUGAACGUACUGGUGAUCAUCUCCAUCUCUCACUUCAAGCAGCUCCACACUCCAACCAACCUGCUCAUCUUCUCUCUGGCUGUGUCAGAUCUCCUGGUUGGACUGAUUGUGAUACCAGUAGUGACUGUAGCAAUAAUGGAACCAUGCUGGGGUUUUGGGGAAUAUUUCUGUGCGUUUCAAUUCUACAUCUCUUUUUUAUGUACUUCCUUAUCUCUGGGUAAUUUGGUCCUUAUAUCUAUUGACCGCUAUGUUGCUGUGUGUGAUCCCUUAUUGUACCACUCUAGAAUAACAAUAAGAAGAAUGAUGUGUUUUAUUUCCAUUACCUGGUGGUGUUGUAUCAUAUAUGAUGCUGUCAUUAUAAAAAACUUUGUAAAUGUACAGACACCCAGUAGGUGUUUGAAGGAAUGUUUUAUUGUUGAAGGAAAAACCUGGGUCAAUAACAUAAUUGACCUUGUAAUUACAAUGGUUGUCCCGUGCUCUAUUAUUAUAACACUUUAUUUGAAAAUCUUUGUGGUGGCCAGAUCACAGGCCAGAAAGGUAUUUUCAAAAGAGGCUGUCAGUGUGUCUGGUGUUAAAACUGUACAGGCAAAUAAGUCUGAGAGAAAAGCAACAAAAACUGUUUCUAUUGUUGUUUUCAACUAUCUCAUUUGUUGGAUUCCCUCUCUAUUUCCUUUCCUUUUUGUAUAUUUUUUAAGUGAAAAUGUUUUAACCUUUAUCAUCAGCUUUCUGCCACUUGUUAAUUCCUUAAUUAAUCCAAUAAUUUAUGCUUUCUUUUAUCCUUGGUUCAAAGUGACAGCUAAACUUAUUUUAACUCGGAAGUUAAGGCGUUCAUAGUUCCUACCUUUUAUUCCAACAUUUGACUAACAUAGAUUUGCCAUAGUUAUGUAAUACAAUUGUUGUAAUUGCUUCUUUCAUGUAACAAUACACUGACGUGACUUAUCUCAGUGUUUUCAUCAUAGGUACGUCUGGUGUUGAUAAAGAAUGAUUUGGCUGGAUUGAAUUGGAAUGACUUGGAGAAGGCAUAAGCUUUUUUUUUAAAUAAAAGACAUUGUAGUCA